AUGGCCACCCACGCUCCUCCUCACUCGUCUACUGCCCCCAUCGCCCAACUCUACUCUUCGUCUUUCACUUAUUCUCUCAACUCGCCCGACCCAGCGUCGUUGACAACGACGCAGCGUAACAACAACAACCAGCCACAGUCGCAGCUCGCACCACCACCACCACCGCCGCCACCUUCGUCGUCCAAGGCGCCCGGUUUCAAGUCGUCUCGCCGCACCCGCGCCGUCUCGUACGUGCCCCUGUCGCCAAACGUCGACUUUACGCUCUCGCCCCCGCUGGCGUCCUCUCCUGGUGGCUCGGCCUUGCCCCCACACACAGCCGCCUUGGUGCUUACCUCGCCCGACCCACAGCGCCGCGUGCCUACGGCGCGUCGGUCGAUCCAGUUUUCAAAGUUCGGCCAGCUCAACUGGUCGCGGCCAAUCGUCCCCGACGAGCCCGUCCCCGCCGUCCCCCCGCUCCACCCGCUCCAGGCCGCCGCCGCCAAGCUCAACGGCGGCGGUGGUAGCUCGCAGCCGCCACCUCCACCCACGGUGACCGUCUCGACCCCUACCCCGCUCGUGCAGAUCGCUGCCCGCUCGCGCCCCAACCCCGCCAUCGACUCGGUCAUGCGCACCACCACACCGCCCCAGCAGAGCCCCACCUCGCUCAACUCGAGCGACGAUGAGAUGCCCGUGACGCCGCCAACGACUUCGGCGUUGCCGGCUGGCGCGGCGCCCCCAGAGAUCCAGGCUACCAAGAUGUGGGCAGUCCCUCAGGGUCAAGGUCUCAGAGGCCUGGGUAUCGCCGAGUUGGAAGUCCCCUCCAUCAUCACGACGGCGCCGCCCAACCGGCCGCUGAGCACGAGCUCGAGCGAGUCGGCGGGCUCGCUGGCCGGCGAGAGCGUGUCCACCGCCUCGUCGUCUUCGUCGACCUCGUCGCAGCCAGUGACGCCUACAAGGCUACAGUUUGCGACCGAGUCGUUUGACAAGAUGUCGUCGCCAACGUGGACGCUCGACGAGCUGCGGUCGUUCCGCGCCGCUGCCCGCGAGCUCGACCUCGAGUCGAAGCGUCUUCGCAGACUACGUGGUCGCGAGCCGUCGCCUCCCCCGCGCAAGCUCCCGCGCAAGAAGGUGCCAACCGUCACCGACUCUGAGAUCAAGGCUUCGGCCGCCAACUCGCCACGCCGCCGCCCGGCCGUGCGCCACUCGCUCAUCGUCGCGCCGACCGAGAACAUCUUCUCCAUCGCCGUCGCUGCGCCCGAGCCCGCGCCGGCGUCUGACGAGUCGGACGACGACGAGCCCUUCCCCCUCAAAUCCUCGUUCCUCCGCCAGUCGGGCUCGCCAAACAUGAAUGCAGCGGCUACCCGGAGACCAUUCUACGCGCAGGGCAAGGCCGCCAUGUCGGCCAUUGACUUCUCGCCGCGCGUCAGCUCGCCUUCGAACGGCGCGUUCCCGCCCUUCCAAAAGACGCCGCGUAACACUAGCGCCGCGGCCGUGCCCACACUCAAUUCUAUCGAGCCACUCAAGAUUGAGAAGCGUGACAAGCGCGCCACGAUGAUGCCUCCUGUCCGCGCACCACAGCAAAUGAUGGACGCGCCAAUGCCCAUGCCGACGUUCAACCACCAGCAGCAGCCUUCAGCAGACAGCAUGCCGCCCUCGCCAGACCGCACUCUGAGCGUCAAGCAGUCGUCGGGCUUCCUCGGCAAGCACAAGAAGCUGAGCCGCUUCCUCGGCAAGGCAUAG